UAAAAAUUAAAACCCCUUAAACCUUGUGGGAGUAAAUGUUUUGGUGUGGCAAUGCCCUGCAAACCUCUUUUUUCUCCUCCAUUGUCAUUCAUUUCGUAGCAUCCUUCAAAUUCCAACCACACUAGCCCUCUAUUUCUUCGUCAAGCUUCGUGUUUUAUCGGUGCCCAACUCCUUUUAGGCGUUGAAUUUCAGGGAUUCAAAGCAAAAAUGCUCCCUCAGCGCAUGAAGAAAGCCAUCACUGACAACCCUAAGAAGCUUGCCAACUUGAUUGACCUCGUCAACCUUCCAUCCACGCUCAGAGAAUUCGUGGGCCAAUCUCAGAUUUCCCGUUUGGGUUGUUUCAUGUGCGUUUGGUCCUACGUCAAAGCCAAUAAUCUGCAGGAUCCAAGCAAUAAGAAUGUGAUCAACUGUGAUGAUAAGUUAAAGAGUAUUUUGUUGGGGAAACCUCAGGUUGAGUUAGCAGAACUUCCUGCACUUAUUAAGAUGCACUUUCCCAAAGAGCCCAAAUGACUUCGGUGAUAUAAUAAAGAUGCCUGUUAUCUAGGAAAGUGUAGCGUUCCUCAAGACGAGAUUCUGAAUUUGUUUCCUUUAUAUUUUUGUCUUUUCCUCCAUAUUGUAACAUCAUACGUGUAGGAAUCUAGCUUCAGAGCCACCGAAAUUUGCAGUUUUCUUUAUGCUGUAUGAAUUAAUCAAUCUUUUUACAUGUGAUUCAACUUAAAA